ACCGCUCUCUCUCUCUCUUCAUCAAGAUUGAACCUUUCUUCUCUCUCCCUCUCUCUCCCUCUCUCUCUCUCUCUCCUCUGUUGUUCAUCUUUCUGUUCGCUCUCUCUCUCUUGUUCAUUAAAAAUUUCUGUUUUCAUUCUAUUGGGUUCAUCAAGAUUGAAUCUUUCAAGAUUGAACUUUUUUGUUGUUCAUCAAGAGUGAAUCUGUGCCAUAGAUCCAACCAAAAAGAUGAAAUUUUUCGCAACUCCAAAGAUGAAAUCCCACAUCCCAGAUCUUCUUCCCUCAAAUCCCACAUCUUUUCUGGGAUUGGGGAUAGAGAGAGUUUUUUUUUUUUUUUUUUUUUUUCACAAUCGAAGAAGGCUGAAGUUGUGAACUUUCACUACAAGAUUUUCCAGAUGGAAAGAGAAAUUGUAAGUUUCUGUAUAAUCUUAUUAUUGCUUUGUUCAUCUUUUUUGUUUUGUUUUUUGGAACAAUGCUUUCUUCUGGGAUUUGGGAAUAAGGGGUUCUAGAAUUAAGUUUGGAGGAAAAUUGGGUCAUCGGUGAAAAGUCAGUAGAAAAAUGGGGGCAGAAGUAUAAUUUAGGAAACUGAGGGGGCCCUAGAGUACAUUGUUUGGAGAUCUGAAAAUUUUGAAUCCCCCGCUCACACGGUUCGAUUGAAAUUUUGAAUUUUGAAUUUUGAAUCAAACCGCGUAUUGAAAUUUCAAAAAUUUCAAUCGCCCGCCCAAAUCAGUUUUUGAUUUUCAAAAUUUGAAUCCCCACCGUCUGUUUUCAAAUUUCAAAAUUUGAAAUUUAACCAAACCCUACACUCCACUCCUCCCCUAUAUAAACAGGGGUUACCUUGGGGUGAUUUCUCUCUCAGAUCCACAAUUCCUCCCCUAUAGGAACUAAGUAGUAAUUUUCCCCCAGAUCUAGAAACAGAUGGAGAAGGUACCUAUUGUUGCUGUUAAGGCUAAGGCUAAUCGGAAGGAUGUCGAGGUUGAGGCCAAGAGUGAGACUGGUGAAGCCAAUGGAAACAAGAGUGGUGAUGCUGAGGUUGUGGCUGUCUCGGAUGAUUCUGGGAAGAAGCAAAGCCUUGCUGAGGAUGUGAGAGUUUCCAAGAUGGCUUCUGGGAAGAUCAAACCUGAUGAGUCUGCAAGGUGUGUGGAACAAGGUGUGGGAGAGUCCAAGACGGUCUCCGAAACUGAAAAGAUGCUGGAGAGUAUGAAGGAGCUCAACAAGAAGCUGAUGGAGAUGACGUACAAAGGAAAACUGACUUGUGAGUAUGACAAGAAGGACAUGAAGAGCAAGAAUAAGAGUAAUGAUGAUGAUGAUGAUGAUGAGGAGCCUGUCAAAGGAUGCAUGUCCUGGUUACUGUGAAGUUCAUGUGGUUUAAAAACCAGUAGUAUUCCAUACUUGAGCCUGCUCUAGAUUGUAGUUUCACACUUAAGACUAUGUAUUCAGACCAUAUUAUGUAAAUCAUGCUUUUGAUGUAGUUACCUGGGAUUCAUCAUAUUAUAUAAAUCAUGCUUUUGGAGAUUUCAAUUUUU